GAACUCACUCUUACAAUGCCCUCUCCCCACCUCCCACCUCCCUCCACAUGAUAUACAAAGUACAAAACCAGGCUCAUUUAUUCUUCUUUUCCAAUAAACGAGUCUUCGCGGUAACGUCGUUCACCGUAAUAUCGUUUUUUGCAUUCGCGGUAAUGUCGUGUCACGGUCGUUUAUAAUUCUUUUUCUUUUAUAAACGUAAAGUAUCUCGUUUUCUGUUUUGUAGGACAGCAGAAUAGUAGAAUAGUGAAAUAGUAGCAUUGUAGACUAGGAGAACUGUAGAAUAGUAGAAUAGCAGAGUAACAGAAUAGUAGAGGAGCACAAUGGUAGAAUAGUAGGAUUGUGGAAUACGAGAAUAGGAGGAUAGUAGCAGACCAGAAUAGCAGAAUAGUGGAAUACUAGAGUAGCAGAAUACUGGAGUAGUAGAGUGCUAGAAUAGUAGAAUACGAGUAUACUGGAAUAGCAGAAUGUAGGAGAAUAGUAGAUUUGUAGCAUACCAGAAUAUUAGAAUAGUUGAAUACUUGAGGAGCAGAUUUGUGGAGUAGUUGAAUGCUAGAAUGGUUGAAUACUAGAGUAGUACAUUACUAGACUAGUGUAAUACGAGAAGAGUAGGACACUGGUGUUAGAUAGACAUUUGUUCUCGGUGGAACUGUAUUUUAUACAGUCACUUUCUCGCCGCAUGUCAUUGUUUUUUUCAUUCGUAAUUUCUUUCCAUUAGUCAGUCACUUAUGUAUGGUGUGAUAUUACUCCUUUUUGUUACACAAUUCAUCUUUUUGUAUAGUUUUUAUCUGUCUCUCUUUGACGCUUCGUUUGUCUGACUCGCACCAUAUAUACUGACAGAUGUUAUUUAAUGGGCACGUUGGUUUCUAGCGUUUGUAUUUCAUUUUAAUAGUAUGUUAAUUAUUCUGUAAGUUUAUAUGAUAAAUUUAUCAAAAGUAAUCCGAAAUUGGUGUCUCGAAUCAAAGCUCUGUACAACCUCGGAUCGGCUACGUUUCAGGGGUGGAGAUGCCGACCUGUUGUCGAAUCGUCAUCACAACAUUAUACAAAUCCAGAUAGUUCAAACGGCUUAACUUUCGGGUUUUGUAUGUCGACAUUCCAACGAUGAGCUAUCAUUACUCGUUCCGUAUCAAAAUUAAAUCGAGGACAAUACGACAACAACAACUGUGAUUCAAAGGACAGUCCCUUAGAUAGCCUAUCAGAAAUUGAGACAGUUAUGACAGCAACAACGAUGAGUGGUCCAACACUCAUUACCUCGGCAUUAAAAAUCGAACAGUUUAGUGGGGCAAAUGCACAAGAUCCAGAAAAUUGGGUAUCAGAUUUAAAUGAUGCAUUUGAUGGCGGUGAUACUAAAGAAGAUCGUCGUCGCAAAUUAUUGCCAUCAUAUUUGGGUGGAAAUGCAGAAGCAUGGUAUCGUCAAAAUCAAGAAGACUUAGCAGAUAGAAAUUGGAGCGAAAUUCAACAAGAAUUGAUAAAACAAUUUACAACAGCAUUAGCAAAACCAACAGCUUUUAAUGAGUUAGUGAACCGCCGACAAGGUGUGAAGGAAACCGUGGAUACGUAUUAUUAUUUAGUGCUAACGCUAUGCGCUAAAUUUAAUCCAAAAAUGUCAGUCGAGGAUAAAUUAAUGCAUUUACAACGUGGUUUACGUCAAUCAUUUAAACAAGCAGUAGCAAUGGCAUUGCCAAAAACUUACGAAAGAACAACAGUUAGUGAGAUAACUACUACAACACAAAUAACGGGCCAAGAAGGUCUAGGAGAAGACGAAGAAGUGAAUUAUGUGUCAACGAGGCCACGUAAUCACAAGCGUAAUCAAGAAUAUCCAUUGCAAAGCUGUUCAACGCGUAAUAAUUCUCACUCAUCAUUCAGAGAUCGAGGUAAUCAACAAGGUCAUUCAUAUCGCGGUGGUUAUUAUAAUAAUCCAUCAGCGAAUCGAAGUUUUCAUCCACAACAAGAUAGCUCUUGGUUGCAAAAACGAUCAUCAGGUCUUUCCAGGAGUCAUCAGUUUAAUCGCCCAGAAUCAAAUCUGCAGGGUAGUCAGAAUUAUUACUUAUGUGAUCAACCCGGCCAUUUAGCACGCGCUUACAUUGAUGGUAUACAAACACAAAUAGUGGCUCAUGUAUCAAAUGAGUUAACACCGACAGAUUUACUUUUAGGAGGUGAUUGGUGUGAUAAACGUAAUGUGGACAUUAGCUUUCGGUGUCAUCAUGUCAUAUUCGAAGAUGAACAACGAAGGAUACAUUCAGUACCAUUCAUUGAAAAUCCGAUUAGCCCGGACAAACACUUAGUACGUAUUGACCAGGAUAUAGUGAUUGAAACAUAUUCUGCAUGUUACAUUGAAUGUGGUACAACAGCGCCAGAUUGUAUAGCAGCAAUAUUUUAUCCAAAUCCAAGAUUACGUGAUAAAUCUUUAUUGAUUUUACCUUAUAUCAUUGUGCAAAUCGAAAAAGGUAAAUUAACAAUAUCAGCGGCUAAUCUAACAAACAAGACUCGCACAAUUUUUAAUGGUACAUCAUUGGGUAUUCUGACAUUAGCGGCGGAAGACCAACGUUUCAAUAUCAAUGUAUCUAAUCAUAUUGAGAAAACACCACCAGAUCCAUUGGUGGAAUCAGAGUUUGCAGCAUUAGUUAAACAUAUUCCACAACCACACAGAACAAAAUUACUAGAUAUAUUGAAUAAACAUGUUAAAAUAUUUGAUCCGAAUGAACCAUUGAUAAUUAAUCAGGAUUUACCCCGACAUCAAAUCGAUACAGGCUAUCAUCGCCCAGAAGUUUCAAGACCAUAUCAUGUGGGUUUUAAAGAAAGAGAGGUUCAAUGCGAACAGGUCAAACAGAUGUUAAACGACAACAUUAUUCGUGAAUUGAAUAGCCCAUGGGCAUCACCGGUAGUGAUAGUGAAAAAGAAAGAUGGCAGUCCAAGAUUUUGCGUGGAUUAUCGGCGUCUUAAUAAUGUCACAAUAAAAGAUCGUUAUCCAAUGCCACGCGUUGAUGAUAUAUUUGAUCGCUUAUCCGGAUCACGGUACUUUACAACAUUAGACUGUCGACAAGAGCAUGUGAAAGAAAUACAAGAUUUUGCAUGCCCAACAACGAUUAAAGGUGUACGUUCAUUCUUAGGAAUGGCAUCAUAUUACAGAAAAUUCAAUAAAAAUUUUGCUUCAAUCGCUGCUCCUCUUCAUCAGUUAAUGGGAGCUACAAAAUCAUCGAAAGAACGACCAAGAAGAGCAAGUCAUAAUACAUCAACAAUUGUAUGGAGACCCGAACAUCAAGAAAGAGAAACAUUAAAAGAGAAGCUGAUUAACCCACCAGUAUUAGCAUUUCCAACAACAAACGGUAUAUUUAAAUUAAACUUAUAUACUGAUGCAUCUAAGUAUGGGAUAGGCGCGAUAUUACGUCAACAACAACCUGAUGGUGAAAAAGUCAUUGCAUACUUAUCAAGACGGUUGUCAAUCCCAGAAAAAAAAUAUUCAACAUCGGAACACGAGUGUUUAGCGGUUGUAUAG